AUGGGAGGUAUAGCGAAUGAACAGGCGGAACCGACCGAUCUCGACGGGAUCGAUCGAUACAUGCCUCGAGAGCUAGCUCUGGACCUCCAACAUAUCUACAUCGACUACCUCUGGCAGCUCGUACCGCUCCUACACCCUCCGAGCCAUCUGCACGCUCUCGACGCCGGCUUUGACAAAGAAUCGCCGGAAUUCCUGACGGUCGUCCUGGCGAUCGCUACGUAUACCACCGCCUUGGCACCAAACGCUUGGAUCGAUGUACCUCCCGCCGAGCUUUAUGGGUUCUUGGUCGGGUUAAUCGAGACGUUAGAGGGUCGGAUUAAGGUUAUGGUCGCGCAAGGCCUUACUUUUUCGUGCCUCGUUUCACAAUACCUUCUGGUGGCCGCUCUGGAUAGCCUGGACUUGCAUGACCAGUCGAUGUUGGCCUGGGCGCAAGUGGUACAGAUGACCACCAUGUUGAGACUGUUCGAGGAGGAUCAUUAUAUCGGACUUGAUCUACUGGAACGAGAAACGCAUCUUCGCAUGUACUGGCUCGUGUUCGGUGGCGACAAGUCACAUUCAUGCAGCUUCACCCACCCGCCUGCACUCAGAUCAGUCGACUUUGGCCCCGUCACCCACGUACAGCCUUUGCCGGACGAAUACAUGUCGGCGGAAGGUUCAUUGAGCAAAGUACCGAGAUCUGAGGCAAUUCUCGGAUUUCGUUACGUCUCUAGGCUGUUCGAGAUCCUCGAAAAGGCAGAGAUCCUGUACCAUGCGGGGCGAUUUCGACUGGCUUGGGACGAAGUCAGAGCGACAUUGAACCGCUUUGACGAGAUCAAUUUCGAGAACGAAAAGGCCUUAGUGGGCUGUGAGCGACCUUUUCGCCUCGAUUCAGGUGAUCUGCUAGCAUCAGAUCUCGAGGCUAACGCAAAUAGCUGGACUUCGGCAGAGGCGGAUUCGUCCUCGCAAAACCGCUGGGACAGGCCAGACCCUUACGUGGUCGCCAAAGCGAACAUAUACAUGACCCAACUCAUCACCAAGUGUUACAUAUCGAAGGCCAAACAGAUCGUCAUUGAUCGAUCAGGUUAUCCUUUCGCGCCGGAGCACGAUCAUGCUCGCCUCACAAGGAGCUUGUGCGAAGAAUUGCUCUUCAUCUUGCGCUGUUGGCCGCCACAGGCGGUGGCUGUCAACGGAAGAACGGUUUUAGGCAAGGUCCGGUGGAUCGCGAGUCAUAGGUUGGAACAGAAUCUCGAGGAUCUGGACGAGCACGAUCAACAAGUCCUACUGGACAUGCUCACCGUAUUCGGCAAUAUCGAGGCUCGGUCACUGGUUACUCCAGUUCGAGCUACUUGA